UGUGUUCCUGACACGAAGAGAGGGAGAGAGGGAGCAUGGAAUGUGUAGCCAGCUGUUAAAGAGAGACAAGACAUAUCUGCUGAGUGUUGCCCAGGUGUGAUAUCCUGUCCUGGGCUAGGAGAGAAGAGGACAGUGGGGGUAGACUGUUUUUUUUUGGUGUCGGUUCAGCUAGCACUGGCACACACACGCGCGCUCGUGGGAUUACUGUUGCUGCGUCCCCGGCCGGUGGUGGGAAGGGAAGGAAGGAAGUAAAGGAAGGAAGGGAGAGAGAGAGGGAGAGAGAGAGAGAGAGAGAGAGAGGAGAUAGAGAGAGAGAGAGAGAGAGGAGGGAAGAUGAAUGCGCUGAGACUGAAGGAGCUGUCUAACUCAGACCUGUACCGCCGGAGACAGGAGAGACCCGACAGCUAUGGGAGCGUGGCGAGAGACAGCCUCAGCAACAUGGCUAACGCCCUGGCCAACGCCAUGUGUGAACGCUGCAAGAGUGGCUUCGCCCCUGCAGAGAAGAUCGUCAACAGCAACGGGGAGCUGUACCACGAGCAGUGCUUCGUCUGCGCCCAGUGCUUCCAGCAGUUCCCAGAGGGACUCUUCUAUGAGUUUGAGGGUAGGAAGUACUGCGAGCAUGAUUUCCAGAUGCUGUUUGCUCCCUGCUGCCACCAGUGUGGUGAGUUCAUCAUUGGCCGUGUCAUCAAAGCUAUGAACAACAGCUGGCACCCAGACUGUUUCUGCUGUGACCUGUGCCAGGCUGUCCUGGCUGAUGUGGGCUUUGUCAAGAACGCUGGCAGACACCUGUGUCGCCCGUGUCAUAACCGCGAGAAGGCGCGUGGUUUGGGCAAAUACGUCUGCCAGAAGUGCCACGCCAUCAUCGAGGAGCAGCCCCUGCUGUUCAAGAAUGACCCCUACCACCCUGACCACUUCAACUGCAACAACUGCGGCAAGGAGCUUACAGCGGAUGCCAGGGAGCUGAAGGGAGAGCUCUACUGCCUACCCUGUCACGACAAGAUGGGCGUGCCCAUCUGUGGGGCCUGCCGGAGACCCAUUGAAGGCCGUGUGGUCAACGCCAUGGGCAAGCAAUGGCACGUGGAGCAUUUUGUGUGUGCUAAGUGUGAGAAACCCUUCCUUGGACACCGCCACUACGAACGCAAGGGGCUGGCCUACUGUGAGACCCACUACAACCAGCUAUUUGGAGAUGUCUGCUACCACUGCAACCGAGUCAUUGAAGGCGAUGUGGUUUCAGCCCUGAAUAAGGCCUGGUGUGUCAACUGUUUUGCCUGCUCCACCUGCAACACCAAACUGACCCUCAAGGAUAAGUUUGUGGAGGUGGAUCUGAAGCCAGUUUGUAAACACUGCUAUGAGCACAUGCCAGAUGACAUGAAACGCCGGCUGGCCAAACGUGAGCGCGACUCCAAAGACAAGAAGAAGAAAAUGGCCAUGUGUCUGUAACCUUCUAUCCUUCUUUCCUUCUUACUUCCACGCUCCAUUCUUUGGAACAAGUUUGUGGAGUUUGACAUGAAGCCGGUGUGUAAGAAGUGCUAUGAGAAGUUCCCCCUGGAGCUUAAGAAGAGACUGAAGAAGCUCUCCGAGACUGUCGGCCGAAAGUAAACUGGCCGAUGUACAUGCAGACAGAGGGCCAAACCUCUGCCUUGCAUAAUACCAUAUUAGAAAGGAGGAAAGUGACAACAUGUGCAAGACUUGUGAGGCAUUCGUGAUGGUUGCGUCUUAGGUUAUGGUCAGGUUUGAUGGUAGAUAAAUUCAAUUGAUUUGGUUCAUUUGUUCUUUUAAUCGUGGUCUCAUAGUGAUGACCAGCUCAUGGGCCUUACGCAGAAAGACAGACAGACACAGACAGAGUUGUGUCCAUAUUAAUCAGCCUUAGCUCAGUGCCUGCAUCUUAAUAUAGCCUCAAGAUGCCUAUGUUAUUUCUUUUUUAUUUCUCUUAACUUAUCCUUUUCCUUUUUAUAAAAUCAUGCACACAGGCCACUGGCUCUGUGGGUUUUGAUCAAUAAAGAAGUGUAUUAUGAAAGUGUUGAGAUAAGAAAGAAGCCUAAAUGCAAGGUUAGUCUGUCAGCCAACAUGAAUUGUUGUGCAAAAUAAAGACUACUGCCUUACUGUUGGUGUUGGUGAUAAUAUGUAUUUUUUUUUGCAGUACUGUACAUAUAUAUAUAUAUAUAUAUAGAUUAAUAUAGGAAAUAUCAGUACCAAAAACGGAGAAAGACAAGCCUCCAUCCCAGCACCUCAGGUCAUAAGAUGGUGUAAAGUACAAAUACUGACUGUUGUGUAUUACUUGUAUCACAGUAUUACAUGAUAUUACCUGCAGGCCUUUUCUGUUCACCUUUGUUAUGAAUUUGCAUGUCAUUGUAUGUCAGUUUGCAUGUCAUUGUAUUCAACAUUACAUUCACGCUUUAAAGCUACAGUUUAUGUAUCCUAUAAGAUUUAUACACAGUCACCAAUGGCCUUCACGUGUAUGGGUCCAACAAUGCCAUUAAUAAGUAGCCUAACACACUCUUAUGGCACAAUAAAUCGAGCCAGUUGUCUGGCAAUGAUUUGGAAAUGUGUAAUCCUUUGUUCUUUGCAUCACUGUAUGUGUUUGAGAUGGAAAAUACAUAUUGUGUAAACAAACAGGGACACAUGUCGAUGUUGUAAUGAAUUGUAUUAAACCGGAUGUGUGACUAAUGAUG